GCUUUCCGGAGCAGGUCGGCUCCCGGCGUGCAGCGCGCCCGCGCGGUAUGCUGGGCGUGGUGGGAAGAGCGUCCCGGAAGGCUGAAGUGCGGGGGCUUCUGGUCGCCGUGAGCUGCGUGAGGUCUGAGUUUCCGAGCCGUCUCCGGUAAAAUAUGGCUAAAAGCUUACGUAGUAAGUGGAAAAGAAAGAUGCGUGCUGAAAAGAGAAAAAAGAAUGCCCCAAAGGAGCUCAGCCGACUUAAAAGUAUUCUUAAAGUAGACAGUGAUAUUUUAAUGAAAGAUGUUCAAGAGAUAGCAACUGUGGUGGUACCUAAACAUUGUCAAGAAACAACCCAGUGUGUGGUGAAAGAUGAAAAAGGUUUUCUAGUAGUGGAGAAGACCAGAGUUUUCAGGUCUGAGGUUGAGCUCAGGUGUGCUGCACAAGUCAUUCAUUUUCCUUUAACCAACAGCUGUCGAGAACAUGUUCUUCUCAUGGAAAAUGCCAGGAAUGCAAGAGAUCAUAAAAAAACCUACUCAAGUCCACUCCAAGCCUCUGCUUCAUUCACACCCAUCAGAAUAAGUCAUGUGCCCAAGGCCAGUGGCAGUGGGGGAGUAUCCCCACCACAGUGGGAGGGCACUGCAAAGUUACGUGACCAAAGGCCUGGGCGCGUAGUCCUAUGACAGAUGAGGAAACUUAUUGGAGCAGUGACGCUUACCUUCAUCUGGCUCCUGAGACAUCUUACUGCCUGCCUCAUUGGGGAUUCCUGCCAUGUUUCUUCUGUGGGUCCUUCUUUUCCCAUUCUUUAUUCAAGCAUUCAGCACUGGCAAUUCCCAGGGCUGCUUCCUUUGCAUUCUUCUCUAUUUGCUUAUAUCCCCUUGUUCGUCACAUGGGAGACUCGGCUCUAUGUGCCAAGGGCCUCCACGUUUCCAUCUCCAGCCAGUUCGGAGCUCCAGAUGCCUGAAUCUCCACAGAUGCCCAACAGACAUCUUAGACUCAGCAUGGCCCUUCCAGAGCUGCUCUCCCUACAGCCCUCUCUCUUUCAGUGACUGGAAAGUCCACCCUCCUGUCAUUCAAGUCAACAGUCUUGGAGUCAUCUUGAGUCAUCUCUUUCCCCACAUGCCCUUAUCUGAUCUCCAGGCAAAUCCAAAAAAAAAAAAUCCAGAACCUUGCCCCUUCUUACCACCCUCACUGACCACCCGCUUUGUAUGAGCCCUGGUACCUGUCACCUGGACCACUUGGAUAGCCUCCUAACAGGUCUCCUUGCUUCUCCUUUGCCACCCACAGUCUAGUCAGAGUAAUCCUUUUGAGAUGUAAUUCACAUAAAGUUACUCUUCUGCUCAAAACCCUAUUUCACACAAAUUAAAACCCCAAAUCUUUGCAAUGCCCUGCAACACUGUCCAUCUGUUCCUAACAUCACAUCUGAUGAUGGUCUCCUACUGUUCUCCCCCUAACUCACUCUGCUUCAUCCAUCCAGCCUCCUUGUUUCUUGAACACCAUGUGUCCUCUGCCUUGUUAGCUUGGCUUUCUCUUCUCAGAUCCUCUUUGUGCAGAUACCUGCUUGUUCAGACAUCUGCCCCAGGUAGCUCCCUCACCUCUAUCUAAUGUUCGCUCAAACGUUACCUUCCCAGUGGGACCAAAUGUGGCCAGUAUGUUUAAUACUGAACCUGAUGCCUGCCCCCGGUCCUGAGAGAGUAUUCAUGAUUCCCCUUAACUGGUUCUGCUCUUUUUAUUUAUAUAUUUAUUUAUUUUUAUUUUGUUAUCAUUAAUCUACAAUUACA